AUGGAAGACGAGGCGCUCCAGUCACACGGGACCGCUCUGUCGGAUCCGCUGUUGUCACCAACCCAAACGAGUCAACGUCCGCUAGCAGAAGACAAGGUUCCUUCGGCAAAUUUGUCCCAAGAGGGACCGGAAGAAACGGAAUACAUAUUCGAGCCCGUCGUCAUCAGCGACGAAGAUGAGACGCUCGACGAACACCUGGAGCUGACGGAGUUGGAAGCAGAACUGCAGGCUGCUCUCUCGGAGGCAAACCCCCUCCGGGCGACAAGUGAUGUUGCCGAAAAGAGAAAAGAGAGUUCACGUGGACCUAUGGAGCGGACUUCCGAGGAUGUCAAUGAGCUGGACGACUAUGAGCAGCUGAUGAAGGAUGCAAGAAAGUUCAAAAGAGAACGGGACGACAACGAUGAGGACAUUUCCAUCACUAGCGCUCGAGUGACGGAGAAGCACGAAGCAAUUGAAGAUUUUAUACGGUCUUUUCUCGUAUCCUCCCAAAUGCACAAGACGCUCUCCUGCUUCCAAACAGAGUGUCACGCUCUGCUCCCAAGCUUCUUUCUUGCUCGUGCUGUUUCGUAUGGCAGAGAAUACUUUGACCAGUUUAAGAAAGAGCGAGACUUCCAUCGCAUGCACCAUCGACGACUCAAGCAAGAAAAGGAAAAAUGCACCCAAGAAAUCAAGAAAUUGAAGAAAAAACUCGAGGACAUGCGUCCACAGAUCGAGAGUCUAGAAGGCAAAUACAAAACCAGCAUUCGCGAGAAGAUGCUAGUCACGCUUGACCGAGAUCGCCUGGCCGCUCAGAUCGAGUCUGUGGCACAGCCGCCACGCGACUCGCCGCGCGCUGGUUCUCCUCGUAGGUUGAGGAGUUCAAAUUCUCGCGGGACGGGGAGGCUGAAGACGUCUGACGGAGAAAGUGAAGUGGGAAGCCCCCCUGGAAAAGGAUCGGACCAAGUCAGCGUCCCGAGCGAGUCUGGCAAGCCGAAGCAAACGAAACUUGACUCGGAAUGGCCAGAGCGGCGCCGAGUCAAUCCGUACCUUACUUUGGACAAAGGGGUGGGUGAAACAGGAAAGGGCGAGCAUUCGAGGCCGACCCAACGGGAGCCCAAAGGGGAUUCCGGUGCCUUUCUGUCGAGUGCCGAACGGCCCCGCGACCGUCUAAAAUGCUCACGCGAGUUCGACGCUCACAACGCCGCAGUGGUUUCCCUUGCCUUUCACCCCCAAGUCGAGCUGCUUGCGUCGACGAGCGAUGAUGGGACAUGGAAACUCUGGCAGAUGCCGGGGACUCACCUCGUCAUGUCGGGCGAGGGUCACACGGACUGGGUAAGCAGCGCCUCAUUCCACCCCUACGCCUCCGUUCUUGUCACCGCCUCUGGAGACGGAACUGUCAAGCUGUGGAGCAUCGCAGAAGAAAUGUGCGUUCACACGCUCACUGACCACGCCAAGCCUGUCUGGGACUGUUGCUUCCACGAUGCAGGAGACUUCUUCGCGACAUGCUCUGCUGAUCAUUCCAUCAAAUGCUUCGAUGCUAACAGGUGUGAAGAGAAGGGAGAGACUGAGAGAAUGAAGAGCAUCUGGGGGGAAGGCGCAGCCCUGGGGGGAUGA